AUGGGAAUGUUCCUGGGAAUGUCCGUCAUCACAAUCACCGAACUUUAUCUUUAUUUUUCGAAAAUGUUCUGGAUUUGCAUGUCGAAAAGGCGGAGGGACUACCUGUUCAGCAAGAAGAAGCAGGAGGAGGUAGGAAUUUCACAAGGAAAACUUGGAAACUUAUUGAAAAAAAAGCCUUAAAAUGGCCUAUAACUUGAGAUGUUCUUCUUCAAAAAUAGGAAGUUGUGUAGGUUAGAAAACUUUAAGUGACCACCUCAGGGUUUUGGCUUUUCAGUGGCCACUAUAGUGGACGAAUAACUGGCCUCUAAUUGGUACUAUUAAACCACCGAAAACUACUAUAGUGGCUUCUAAAAUGCAAAAUAGUGGCUUUUAAAGAGGUGGUUUUAGUGGCCACUUUAGUGUCUUCUCCAAGAAGUCCUUGAGAGACCACUUAAGUGGCCACCAGAGCUUUUUUUAUGGGACAUCAUUCCGAGACCGAAAAAUGGGUCCCUAUAAGGGUGACGACGUAGCCUCUAAAGCUUAAGUGGACCCUAUAGGGGCCUUAAAAGCCUUCCCCCUACAGGGACCACUCUGAAGAUCCUAAAUUACAGGAAAAGAAGAAGCAUUUGAACGAGGCCGUGGAGGAAUAUCGAGAAAUGAGAUCGAGACGAAGUUCCAGGGACAAUGUUGCUUAUAUCACCCCACCCAAUGGACAUAAAAUCGCUCCGACGGUAGGAAACGCCCUUUUUCGAACCUUGGUCGCAUUUGGAAUGGCUCAACGCGGCUUCCAGCGCCUUUUUCCAUAGUCUUUCUUGCAAAAAUACGUAAGUCGUUCAAAGUCUGGCGCGUUAUGCGUUUUACCGUUCCAAGUGCUACCAUGAGCUUCAAAUUUCCUUGAAAAAGCGAAAAUUAAUUUCAAUUUUUGUUUAAAAAAAGAAACACCUCAAACUUGAAACUCUUUCAGUAUAAUUCCAAAUAUUCAGUUAAUCAUUCCAACCGUGGCUGAAAAAAUCGACGAAAGUGAGAAAAUGGAGCGAAGUCCCAGCAGUGAAAGUGUAGUAAGUUUAUUUUUGAAGUUCAAUUCACCAAAAAAAAAACUAACGUUAACUAUCGAACAAGAAAAAUGGCGUCAUUUGGAGCGUCGUUCAGAAAAAAAAUUGUAAACUACAGCCCAAAAAACCUUCAUUUUUUAGUUUCGAGCUUUUAAAAGCUUUGAGAGUCUUGACGCCGCCCCGCCCAUUUUUAUUCUGUAAAGUGUAGUGUCUCGUGUGCAUGCACUGCGGCGCUCUCGCACAUACCGUGUUCAAAUUAAUUUUCGCCAAGUUCAGUUUUAUUUUUCCUUCUCUGACGGCUAUUUUGAAUUUCGCGGAAUCUCAUUGAACACACAAACAGAAAAAAAUCGUCUGAAAAAAAUUAAAAAAAUCGAUUAAAAAAAUUUAAAAACCCUUUUUUUCCAUGACGUCACAUGGAAACGGCGGUGGUUUUCGACUCUGUCCCCUUUAUUUUUCAAUAUUAAAUUUUCUACCACUAUUAAAAAAACGCCGUGACUACAAAAAAAUCUUUAAAUGAAAAUCUUUUGCGCGGGAAAUUUGACGCACGCAGUGCGCACGUGUAUGCACCUACACAUUUUGUUCUACGACUUAUUUGGUAAGAGCCCAAAAUCAAUAAAAAAAAACAUUUUUGGCGAAUCUCGGACGCUUUGAAAAUCAAUUUUUUGAAUGAAUUGUUUUCAAUUUUUCUUUUCAUUUAUUUUUUGACUUCACGCACUUCCGAAGCCGUUUUUUCGCGAAUUUCUUUAUGCGAAUUUCAAGAAAAGUCAUUUUUCAGUUAGAAAUUAUCUUCCAGGUCGAGCUAAAAAUCGACAUAAACGACCUAAAAGAGCAACUGGCCUUGGGUACCAGAAAACCCUCCGUAAAAGCUGAGAUAAAUCGUCGGAAAAGCUUCAAACAAAGUUCCACACCUACAUUCCACAUAGAGCAGCCUAAUGAUUAA